AUGCCUGUAAAGGGACAACAAUCAAUUGUAGAUGCUGUACAACUACGAGAGAAAGGCAUUGUUAUGACAGAAUUCACAAUCCUUAACGCACAGAGUGGAGGAUGGAAAGUACUAUCGACAAUUCUUUUAGGUGAAGUUAUUAUUGGUCCAGCCGAAGAUGCAUUGAUGUUUAAUAUAACAACGCCGGGCCACCCGCUUUGGAGUGGUUUACCAGCUUCGUUUACGACAUCUAAGCCAAUGUUUUAUAGUUGGUUGGCUGCAUUCCCGUUUGGUAAAAUUCAGCUAAUAAGCACAAUUGAUUUAGACGACUUAGGUGCUUCUGCUGGUGUUAUUGCACGUGCUGAUGAGGAUGUUGGACGUAUAGUGCAACUAGCACAUGCUGCACAUUAUGCACCAGGAUUUGAUUGGAAUGACGAUGAAAAUAUAACAAGGAUGAUGAUCAAUGCAAUACGAUGGGUUGCUAAACUUAUUUGA